AUGCAGAGUUUAUUCCUCCAUGGCCUUUUGGCCUCACUAGCCUCUGCUAGUAUCACACAUCAAAACCCAGUUGUGGACGGGCCCGAUGUCUUGUCACGAUGGCUUGACAUGCGGUCGCCUGAAAACGACACGACGAGUAGUCUGACAAGCCGGAAUCUCGUGUCUGCAUCUCCUGCACAGCUGUUUGGCAAGCGUGCGGAUGAUGAGCCUGGUGAGGGUGCGCUACUAUGCCCUACCGGCGAGUGUGCCGACAAGAGUUGCUGUUCCGCCAAGGGCGUCUGCGGUUACGGUAAAGGAUUCUGUGACGAAGGCUGCCAAAGCAACUGCGAUGCCACGGCCAUGUGCGGUGAGCUAUCUGAAGGUGGUGACAUCCCCUGUGGUCUCAACCUUUGUUGCAGUUCUGGCGGCUGGUGUGGUACCUCACAGGUGCACUGCGUUGGUCCCAACAAGUGGUCUCUCUGCCAGCAAGGCUACGGUAGCUGCGAAAUGAUCCAACCCAAGACAUGUGGCGAGGGCUCUGGCACAGCCGAUAAACGUAUGAUUGGCUACUACCAAGCUAACAAUAUGCGUAACCGCGCAUGCAACAAGAUUUAUCCCCAAGAUAUCAAGACCGACAGCUACACCCAUCUUUACUGGGCCUUUGCCACCAUCGACCCCAACUCUUAUGCUGUCAAGCUUGCCGAGGCUGAGGAUGAGGACAACGUCCGCGACUUCACUGCCCUCAGGGGUAAGGGUAGAAACCUGCAGACUUGGGUCGCUGUGGGCGGUUACGACUUCAGCGACGAAGACAAGCCAACCCAUAAGACCUGGGCCAACCUUUGCGCCAAUGCUGGAAACCGUGCCAACUUCAUCAAGUCGGCUGCUGCCUUCAUGGAUAAGUACGGUUUCCAGGGUAUAGAUCUUGACUGGGAGUAUCCUGGUGAGCCAAAGCGUGGAGGAAGCCGUGCCGAUAUUGCCAACUUCGUCCUCCUGCUUAGGGACAUGAAGAAGGCGUGGGGUAACAAGUAUGGUAUUAGUCUGACUCUUGCGCCUGACUACUGGUACCUGCGAUAUUUCGAUGUCGCUGGACUGGAGCCUUACGUCGACCACUUUGGCUUCAUGUCCUACGACUUGCACGGUUUCUGGGAUGCUGAUGUCAAGACUUUGGACCCUAUCGUCCGAGGUCAAGCUGACAUCCGCGAGAUCCUGAAUAACACUAUUCCACUGGCCUAUGCAGGUGUUGACUUUAGCAAGAUCGUCUUCGGUGUUGCGUGGUAUGGCCGUGGAUACACCCUAACCGAUCCCAAGUGCUCAACACUUGGCUGCCCCUUUUCCGGCCCAAGCAACCCAGCCAAGUGCACUAACAGCGCGGGCGUCAUGUCCCUCUUGGAGAUCCAAGACAAGGCUAAGAACGGAGGCAAGACCCGUCUUCUCAAGGACUCGGCUAUGAAGGAGCUUGUCUUUGAUGACCAGUGGAUCGGCUAUGACGACGCUGAGACGAUUGAGCUGAAGCGCAAGUUUGCAAACAACUACUGCUUUGGCGGUUUGAUGGCCUGGAGUGUCGAUUUUGAGCCCGGUACCGGACAAAACAGUGACAUGGAGCCCGAGAAGUCCAAGGACGGUUCUUGUGGACCCAAGAACAAAGGUACCAUCUGCGAGGGUACCAGCUAUGGCGACUGCUGCUCCGAGUAUGGCUCAUGUGGGUCAUCAUCACUGCAUUGUGGCACGGGCUGUGUCAGUGGUAAGUGUAUCAAGAAUGGCAAGUCAACCAAUGGCCGAUGCGGUGUCGGUUUCCUCGGCGCUACCUGCAAGGGAACAAGCUACGGUGACUGCUGCUCGCGUGAGGGCUGGUGCGGUAGCUCUGACGGCCACUGCGGCGAUGGAUGCCAGAGUGGAUGCAACAAGGACGAAGACGACAAGGACGACAAGGACAGCGACAGUGACUUUCCCAAGAUCCCAGCCCUGGCUCAAAAGGGUACGACUGCUGGCUCUUCUGGUGAUAAAGGUCUCAACUGGCCUGAGGACCUUGUGGAUGACAUCUGCAAGUAUGACUUUGCCUCUGAGGACUCUUCGAAGGUGUUCACCGCGUGGUAUGGGAGCGGCGCACUCAACUGGUUUAACGCAUGGCUUAAGAAAAACGGUGCGAAGAACUGGACAGACAAGUUCUUCAAGGAUGUCAUCGCUGGUGGUAAACAAGGUAGCUCUACCUUUGACUGCAAGGACCUCGGAUCAACAACGUGCACAGGCCCUGGUGCCAUGCCUUGUUCCAGCUAUACGCCUCCCAUGGCGUUUUAUGUCCAUAUCCAGAUUGCCAACAUGUUCAGCGCCUUCCACAAACUCUGGAUGAAGAACAUCAACUUCAGUAUCCAGCAGCUGUCGAGCGGCAUCAAGGAGAUCGUCAAGGAGUACGGUGAUCCGCCCAAGGACGAUCGCGGCAUGCUUCUCAACAUGAUGGUUGGUGUCCUCACCUCAGGCGCCGGUCUUGCAGGUGGUAGUACCGGUCUCGCGGGUGCUAUAACCUUCUUCUCGGGCGCUGUCGCCUCUAUCUCUGCCAACGGUGAUCUCUUCGGCGAUACUGUUACCCCCGACGAUCUCAACGACGACCUCGAGAACGCCUACGGCACGGCCUUUUCUGCCGUGCUCAACGCUACUACUGGCUACGUUGAGAAGGUCAUGAAGGGCGAGAUACCUGAGAACUGGGAGGGCGACGUAAAGGACCAGGACAAGGACGAGUACGCUGAGCUCUUUGUUCGAACCCGCUUUCUGAAGGGAGAGUGGUUGUCGGAGCCCUUGAUCAGCAAGGCCAUGCAGGUCUAUGUCACUGCUACACACAAGAAAUGGUUGGAAUUCGCCAAGAUUAGAUGUCUUAAGCAAGGCUACAAGGGUACUGCCUUUUCUUUGAUGUGGAGUGGUCCUAACAGUAAAGUUGAAUGUGACUAUCUACGAACGAAAUCCUCGGAUCCAGUAGGCAAAAAGCAAAAAUUGACAGAGGAUGUCUGCCGCAACAAACUGCCUGGAUGCAUCUGGCAUGACAACAACUGUAUCUGCUUCGGAAGAAGUAACUACAGACGUCCUGGCAAGAAUCAACAACAUGACCCCCUUCUCGAAUCUGAAAUCAAGGAGAUGAAGAAGGUUGUGGAUGACUACGAGGCCGCCCUUAUCAACAACUACGAGUGCAAUAAUGGCGAACCCUCAGUACCAAGCUCGAAGGACUUCAACAUCAACAAACCUAUUCAGUAUCCCAAGUGUUUCGUCAACUUUCACAAGCUUACGAAAGACGAGCCUUUCCACUGUGCUAUUCCCAAAGACCUUUGGUAA